AUGAAUGAAUAUUACUAUACCUAUUCCAAGCUCCGUCAGGAGUUUGGACGCCACUGUAAUUUUGAGGUCUCCGAGCCGAAAUUGCUCGGUGCAAUCGAUCCCAAGCCAGAGCUAAGGAAUCAGUAUGUGCGGAAGAAUCCGCGUACAUUUGUGUCGGACAACAUCAUGGAGAUGUCAGAACAUAUGGUGAACACGGAAAGAGUGAGCGUUGGAUCCAAGGGAAUGAAACACGUUGAAGGGGGCUGGCCCAAGGAAGUCGAUCCAUCGGAAAUUCAAGAGACAGCGAAAUGGCGAAAACGUCUUGACCGGGACCCUGGCUUUGCAACGGCCAUCAAACAGCUGAGCAGCGAAGCCACUCGACCGCUCAUGCAGAACGACACCCUGGAUAUAUUCGAAGAUUAUUUCGCCGGCGAGACAGUCCAAACCACUUCUGGGAACCUGUCAGCUCGGUCUCUCAUGCUUUUCAAAGAUAAAGUAACGGACUGCAAACGGACAGCCACAUGCAUUGCAUGGCAUCCGGAAGGCUCUUCCAAGUUGGCAGUGGCCUAUGCUAUUCUCAAAUUUCAGAAGCAGCCGGACCCAAUGCCCUCGCAGGCGUACAUUUGGGAUGUUACCCAAUCCAACACGCCCCUAACGGAGCUCACGGGACAAGGACCUGUUGUCUCAAUUAUGUUCAACAACAAAAUCACAGAUGUCAUCGUAGGCGGCUGCUACAACGGACUUAUCUCGCUGUGGGAUUUGAGGAAGGGGACGAAACCAGCCGACACAUCUCGCACAGAGAACAGCCACUAUGACCCAGUCUAUGACGUCAUGUGGCUGCAAAGCAAGACAAACAACGAGCUCGUCUCCGUGUCGACUGACGGCCACGUCCUUUGGUGGGAUACGCGAAACCUGUCGGCGCCCGUCGAAGACUUUGAACUCCCCGACGUGGCUGGGUCCUCCCAGACCGUGGGUGGGAUGUGCGUGGAAUGGAGUGUUGACGCUGGACCGACAAAGUACCUUGUGGGCACUGAGCGAGGCAGCACGGUAACUUUGAAAAAGAAGCCCAAAAAGGGCGACAGCAAAACCGUCGAGAUUGCGCAGAGGUUCGGGCAAGACACAGGAAGACACUACGGACCGGUCUACGCUGUCCGGAGGAACCCCUUCCAUCCGAAGUACUUCCUCACAGUCGGCGACUGGACGGCAAAGAUCUGGAUGGAAGAGAUCAAAUCUCCAAUUAUCUGCACAGACCAUCACCCGGCGUCGCUCUUGAACUGCCAGUGGAGCCCCACGCGCCCGGGUUUGUUCAUGGUAUGCCGUGAGGAUGGCUUUCUCGACUUCUGGGACUAUUACUACCGACAGAAUGAAGUCACGUUUCAACACAAGGUUUCCGAUGCAGCCUUGUGGUCCAUCGCGGUUCAGAGCCAAGGACAACAUGUGGCUGUCGGAGACUCAGACGGGGCUGUGACUUUACUUGAGCUCUGUGACGACCUUCACAUUGCGGGCUCCAACGAGAAAGUCGCUGUCGGGCACAUAUUUGAGAGGGAGACGAGAAGGGAGAAGAACAUCGAACAGUCACGAAGACAGGCGGAAGCUCGCAGAUCGGAAGAAAAAUCCGCCGCCAGCAAGGCGGCCGAGCCAGCGAAAGGCAAACUUUCUGCUCCAGAGACUCUUCAAAAACUUCGCGAGGAGUUCUUUGCCUCGGUUGGCAUUGACCCCCGACGGCGGAAACGGGGAACCGCCGAGGCUCCACGCGGCACGGCGAUCUUUGCGAAUCGUGAGCGCUAG